AUGGGCUUCUUCGCCACGUCCAUGGGCUACUUUGCCUUUUGCGCCCUGCACCUGGUGUGCUUCGCGCUGGCGCUGGCGGUGUGUGGUCUGUACGGCCAGGACCUCAACCACUCCCACCGGCAACACGUACACAGCGACUCUAAAUGGGUGAGCCAUCGACUCUCCGCACGCGUGUUGGCCCCCUACUGCGCGAGAGCAAUGCGCGAGAAGCUAAUCCCGAGGCUGCAACAGGUCUAUGCCGUCGUUGUAGGUGCACUGUCGGCCGUGACAUGCGUCGUCUGGUUCGUGCCUGCUCUUCUGCGCCACGCGGGCGUGUUUGGGGCUGUUUGGAACUCGAUACUCUUCAUCCUGUGGAUUACGCUGUUUGGGGUGUUUGGCGCGCUGUUCAUCCACGAGAAUGCCGAGGGCGACGGCGACAUCCAGCGCAUGAAGAACGCCGUGUGGGUUGAUCUCACCAGCGCGCUUCUGUGGCUGGUUUCUGCCGUUGCCACUACCGUCUACUGGUGGAGGCACCGUGAUACCCGAUCGAUGUUUACUGGACGCGCUCGUGCUUAA